CAACAAAAGGCCAAAGCUUUAACAAUUCCCGAAGGCGGUUGCGCUCCGCUCUCAGUUCAGUUGCUUUUUUUAAAUUCUACUCUUCAAUUCCUCCCGCAAUCUCAAAUUCUCAAUCCAAUGGAACCACAAAGCCACUUCCUACUCCCCCACUCCGCCUCGUCGGAGUUAUCAGACUCAUCACCGGAGUCCAUGACGUCAGUCACUCUCGGCCGAGCAAUCUCCUCUCUCCUCUCCGCCCGCCCCAAAAAGCUCCACGACGCCGUUUCGCGGCUCUCUCCUCUCCCUCUCACCUCCACUGGCCACGCCUCCGUCUCAGGCUCCCUCGACGACUCCCUCCGCUUCCUCCUCCACUACCUAAACGACGCCGCUCGGCGAAACGAGCCUCUCGAUGAAAUCCUCAUCCCUAUUCUCGAUAACUCAUUGAAGAACAAGGACUCGAAGCACGGCGGCCAGGCUAUGGUGGUUUUGAACUGGCUAUUUCAGGACGGUUUUGUUUUCGAAGCGAUUGCCAUGGCUCUGGUAAGAGUGAUUUCAAUGAAAGAUGAUCGGUUUGUUGUGCUUGGGUGGUGUACUUUUGUACGUGCUGUAUUGGAGUAUGAGAGCUCUGUUACUCAAUUUCCCAUGAACGGGAUAAAGGAGAGGUAUCCUGAUUUGUUGAAGAUACUCGCUCCGUGCAUUCCGCAUCUCUCAGUUGUUCUGCACAAAGGAAGCACCUUGCAGGAUGGAUAUGAACUGCCCUCUCGCCUUGCCGUGUGUGCUGCUGAUUGUUUUCUGUCUCUCUCGGAAGCGUUGAUCAGAAAAGCUAAAGUUCCAAGUAACAAGGCAAAGUUAUCAGAUUCAAAGGCACAAAAGCGGCCGGUUACUUUGGUGGCCCUUGAUGGUGGUGAUAAAAAAGCAAAACCAGCUCCUGAAUCUUUAGACGCCUCAAACAUGGAAUUGGACUAUAUACUUUGGGAUCAUUUAGAGGAAGUUCUUGGUCUAGUACAGAAACUCCUUGCUUGGAGCAGAAAAAGCCGACCCUUACAUGCCAAAGGAUUGGAGCAAGUGCUUAAGUGGUUGCACGAGAUUAAAGGACAUUAUCGUAAUGUGAAAGCUGAGACAGGCUCGAAGGUUAUCAAAACUGGAAUAUUGCUACUGUCUUCUUGUUGGAAGCAUUAUGGCAUGCUAAUGCAUUUGGAAGAUCAGAAAUUUUCCCAGCAUUACAAAGAAUUGUUGGAUCAAUACUUAGCAGGCAUACAGUUUUAUGCAGGUCACACUGAGAAUAAGGAUGGGAGUUCUGAGACCAUAAAGUUUUUCCUGAAUUGUUUAUGCCUUCUACUGGGGCGAUUUGAUAGCAAGAAAUUUGAGAGUGUAGUCUCAGAAUACGGGAUGAGGAUAUCUCAGGUUCUUGUACCACAGCUUCAUUCUGCUGCUGCUGAUGUUAUAGACGGGGUUGUGUGCAUAUUCAAAGCAUUAAUAUUUAAGCAAAAAUCACCUGGAAGCAGUCUCACCGACACCGGAGAGGUGGAUGCUGUGCUUCCAUUGCUGAUUCACCUUCUAGAUGAACGGGAUGGCACAGCUAGAGCUGUGGUUCUGCUUAUAGCAGAAUACUGCUUGAUGAGCGGAGACAGUCAGUGCCUUAAAGAAGUUAUUGAGCGCCUUGCUUCUGAAAAUGUCCAACAGAGGAGGAAUGCAGUUGAUGUUAUAUCAGAAGUCAUACAUAUGUCGUCAGAUUCAAAAAACGUACAUACCCAGCUAUCAUGGCACGAUAUAGCAAAGCACUUGCUUGUGCUACUUGAAGAUGGAGAAAUUGCAAUUCGGGAACAAGCAUCCAGUUUGCUUCCAUUAAUUGACCCUUCAUUAGUUUUACCUGCUUUAGUUAAUCUGAUUUACUCCGGGGAUGAAAGAUUGCAAUCAACUGCCAGUGAUGCCUGUGUUGUGGUGCUCAAAUAUCAUAGCAAGAAUGCUGAAGUUAUAUGUAUGCUGCUUGACUGUCUUAGCAACCUCAGCCAAAAUGUAAAUCGAGACACAGGAUCAAAAUUGGAGAGCGAUCGAGUGCUUAGGCUAAUCCCAGAGUGGUCUAAAAGUGUCCAAAGCUGGAACUUCUUGAUUGAACCGUUGAUUGACAAGAUGUUUGCAGAGCCAUCCAACGCAAACAUUGUGAGGUUUUUGAGUCAUAUAAGUGAGCACUUGGCAGAAGCUGCUGAUGUGGUGCUCUCUUGUGUUCUAAUGCAUGCUAAACGACGUAAAGAUAUGGAUGACAGCAGCUUCUCUAGAUUGGAGUGUCAGACUGAUAAAAGUGAGGACUCCGAAAAAAUGCAACAGACCCUUUUUGAACACCUUUGCCCAUUGCUUGUAAUUAAGAUGCUUCCGCUGAGAGUAUUUAAUAAUCUCGAUUCAACUAUCAUGUAUGGUCAACUUUCCAAUCAAGGCAUUGUUCAUGACUGUCAAGAUAUCAAUGCCAUCAAUCAGCAUACAGUUACCGCUCUUCUUUUGAAAAGUUUGGUAAUAUUUAUUUCCAGGACAUUUUGUGAGUUUGAAUUCAACGAUGUUCGGAAACUAGCUGCUGAGCUCUGUGGGCGUAUUCAUCCUCAAGUGCUAAUUCCAAUCAUCUGCUCCCAGUUAGAAUAUGCUGCUGGUUCUCAGGAUAUAAUAAAGAUUAAAGCUUGUUUGUUUUCAGUUUGCACGUCCCUUGUGGUUAGAGGCCGGGAAUCACUUUCUCAUCCUGGUAUGCUGAAAAUUAGAAAAACAUUAGAGACAAUGCUAUUAUGGCCUUCUCUGGAUGGGGAUGAAGUUUCCAGAGCACAGCAUGGAUGCAUCGAUUGCAUGGCACUAAUGGUAUGUGCUGAGCUGCAAGAUCCAGAAUCAUCUAACAUCGUUGGGACAAAAAAGAAUCUUGGUGAUGCUGCAUUGAGAAACUCUGUCCUCGUGCACGUGAUCAACCAACUUACACAAGAUAAAGACCUGCCUGUUUCAGAGUCCAACUUGGAUGAUGUCAAAUGCAUGAGUGAGGUGCCAGUUCCACUCUCAUUUUACCUGUGCAUGGCUAAUGUUCUCAUCAGUGCUUGCCAAAAGAUAUCAGACUCUGGCAAGAAACCUUUUGCUCGAAGAUCUCUUCCACGUCUCAUUCGCGCCAUUGAGGUGAUUACAAAGUCAGAGAUCAGAGCUGCAUGUACUCAAGUUCUCUUUUCAGCUGUGUACCAUCUGAAAUCUACAAUUCUUCCUUACUCCAUGGAUCUUCUUAAAGUCUCAUUAAAAGCUCUUCAAAAGGGAUCAGAGAAGGAAAGGAUUGCAGGUGCAAAGCUAAUGGGGUCUCUUAUGGCUAGUGAUGAUGCAAUCAUACAAAGUAUAUCUGGGGGAUUAGUAGAAGCAAGAUCUGUACUGUUGAGUAUAUCUUUGACAGAUCCUUCACCUGAAUUACGUCAAGUCAGCAAAAAGUUGCUAGCAUGCCUAACUUCUUGAGAUGGUGACUAGGAUCAUAAUCUGUGCUUUAUUUUUCAUUUCAGUAGGUGUAUAUAUGAUGUACAGCCGCUUUUUGGUCAUUUGAAUUGACAAAUUUGCUGAUAGUAGUUGCCUUUAGAAACAUAAAUGCAAAAUAUGUUACAAUGGAAAAGUAGGAUGUUUUUGUUAAUAAUUUUAAUAUUUUCGUAA